AUGAACGAAAAGCAGACUAGGUCCGAAAAAGGUCCCUUACCAGACUCGCAAAUCGACAGUCUGUCGCCAAAUCGUGACAAGCUUGUUUCACUAGAUCAAGUUUUGAAAUUCACCACGACGCUUCCUCACUUUGCUAUUAUUUACCUGGAUAGCAAUGGCAAGCUUCAGGUGAAUACUUCUCCCGACAUUGCAGAUGAUGGUAGCGUUAUCUUCCCACCCAACGCGGCAAAUGAGUUUAUGGAAGCACUGAGUUCUGGAACGGACGGCAGAAGCGACCAGCGAUAA